AUGUCUCCUAUUGGUCCUUUGAUUUUUCAAGUUUUUUUUCUCUCUCUCUCUCGUUCCACUGAAUGGUUUCACUCACAUCCGCUUGGAAAAUGGACUUGGCUGGACAACAAAAUACAUUUAGAGAUUUCUUUAAUCUAUCUAUACUUUUUCUUUCAUUUUAUUAUGAAAAUGUUAAAGUCAGUUUAUCUCUCUCCCCCCCCCUCCCCGGCAGUCAUCUCCUGUCACCUACACCUCUUUGACCUGUGCACUCUCUCUUCUCCUCCGCCUCUCGUUAUUUUCUCUUUGUUACCAAUUUAUUUUUUGGUCUCUCUCUCUCUCAUCAGCUUACCAUUAUAUUUCUCUUGUUAUUCACUUGACACAACCACCCAACUAUUUAUUAUUGCCCAACCUACCGCCCCGCCCCUGCCUCAGCUUUUACUCAUUCUCUCUCUCUCUCUCUCUCUCUCUCAUAUCAGCAUGAACAUCAUAACAGUGCUGGAAAUUUGUGGAAUGAAAAAAAUCCAAUCUAAUCUUUGGCCAACACAUACAAGAUAUGCCAUAUCAGCCAAUGGCUACCUGAAUAUGUCCACAGAGUACCUGACCAUUAUGUCUGUUUUUCUCCAAACUCCACCCCCUGGAUACAUUAGUGAGGAUGGUGAAAAUACAGACAACCAAGGAAUGGAUGGCGUUGAUUUAUCUCCCAGUCCUCCUAUAGGUAACUUACUAAAUUUUUUUUUUUUUUUCUCUAUCUCUCUGUCACACUCUUUCCCCUCAGCUGCAAAAGAUUUGACUUGUAGCCCAUUUUUCUUGCAGUCUCGGUGUGAUUUUUCUCUUUGGAAAUUGUCUCACAAGCACAUGUGUUUCCUCAGUGCAGAACCAAGGCACAAACCCCUUUGCUUCUGUUCAUGCACGUGCACACGUCCAAUCGGGUGGGGUAUUUUUUCUUUCUUUUUUUUUUCUUUCUUUUUUUUUUCUUCUUUUUUUUCUUUUUUUUUUCUUUUUUUUUUUCUCCCCCCCCUUCGGCAUGUAGUAUGA